CUUUGUAUCCACUCGAGCUGAAAGGACAUGAUUCAUCUUCCUCUCUACCAUCCACCAUGGCUACACUGCUCCCCUACAGCAGCUGCCAGAUAACAUUAGCGCACCAAAAUCAAGCACCAUCUGAGAAGGCAAAGCCUAGCCCGCAAUCGUGCCAACUGCGCAUGUACCCGUCGUUCGCGUUCUAUAACCGACAUUCAACCGCUCAUCACUGGCCCCACCAUCGCUUCUAGACGAUCGUCUCUCGCGCCGGCCUGCCCGAAACUAAUACCUCAGCUUGCUCAUGGCCGUAGAGCGCCAGAUAGCCACCCUCCCACCCGCACAGCCUACCGCUAUCCUUCGUGGCCAUGCCGCGCACAUUCACAGUACUCUGUUUGUGCGCCAGAAUAGCCGUCUGUUGACAGGCGACGCAGAUGGCUGGGUCGUCUUUUGGAAUGUUCAGACUAAGCGACCACUUGCAGUCUGGCCAGCCCACGAUGGCCCCAUUUUAGGAUUCGCACAAUGGGGAGAAGCAAAUAUCAUCACACAUGGCCGAGACAACCGAAUAAGGAUCUGGCGACUGGAGUCAGAUGAUGAGGCAGGGAAGCUCUCAUCGACACUGCCUGAAGACGGGAACCGACAAGUCACUCCAAAACCAUGGCUUCUCCAUUCACUUCCCGUAAACACUCUGAACUUUUGUUCCUUCUCAAUGUGUUAUCAAUAUCCAACGUCGAUCGCGGAAGACGAUUCCAUCUUAGUAGCACUCCCAUCAACGGAUGACAAAGUAAUCGACGUGUACAGCUUCCCUGGUGAGCUACUCAAAGUCAGGGUCCCACGUAUACAGACAGUUGAGACCGGAAUGGUCAUGGCUGUGAAGCUUGUUCGCAGCCAAGCCACGCAGAGAAUUCUACUUCUUGCAGGAUAUGAAGGCGGUGUUACGGCAGCUUUCAUGCUGGCAGAAGAACAUUCCAACACAGGCAUAGAAACUGCGCAGCUCGUAUACCUUAGCCAGCCCCAUUCCCAGCCCAUUCUGUCAUUGGACGCUUCACCAGACGGCGACCUUUACUACACAUCCUCAGCAGAUGCUGUAAUAGCCAAGCAUCGCAUACCAGAGUUGCCACACAAUCCUGGUGGUGUAGACAACAGCUCGGAUGUGUCCACUUCCAAACCUACGCCAAGUUUGUUCGCGAAGAAAAACAUGAAUCAGGACAAGCCUGGAACCUCGGCACCGAGUGGUCUAUCUUCACUGCUUGCGUCCUCAGCACCACUACCGAAGUUUAGACCAGCUCCGCCAGUUCAACCGCUGGUCACUCCACAACCGCCGUGCAGAACAGUGGACACCAAACAUGCAGGUCAGCAAUCUCUUCGUGUCCGCUCUGACGGCAGGCUCUUUGUGACUGGCGGUUGGGAUUCCCGGAUUCGUAUAUAUAGCAUCAAAACACUCAAAGAAGUGGCGGUGCUCAAGUGGCACAAGGAAGGAGUCUACUCAACUGCUUUCGCAGAGAUUCUUACACCAGAAGAAGCAGGCCAUAUCAGCAAGGCUGUCAACAAGCGGCAGAUGGAGCGCGACGAGCAGACGAGGCUCAAACACUGGGUUGCGGCUGGAGCCAAAGACGGGAAAGUCAGUUUGUGGGAAAUAUUCUGAUAUGGUAUUUUUCUGGUAUGCGGCAACUCGACGAAGAUGAAUGUAUAUAUCCAAGACGUACCAUAGCAUAAAGCUAUACAUUAGUCUACCA